UUUCGCUUUCUUCUUCUCUUAUCCUCUUCUUCUCUCAUACCCAGAACUCAAAUCCAAUGGAGACUAAGCGUCGAAGGGUUCGCUCCUUUGUGGGCAGGCUGAGCUCUGUUUCAGAGCAGACCCAGCUUGAUGCUCUGCGCGAGCUACGCUUGAUGACCAAGGAGGACGAAGAAAACCGACCCGUCAUCGCUGAUUCGGGUGCGAUUCCGUACUUGGUUGAUACCCUCUUUUCGUCUUCCCACGUUUUCCAAGAGAACGCCUCGGCGACGCUUCUCAACAUUUCGAUUUCCUGUAGAGAGCCUCUCAUGUCCACGCGCGGAGUCCUCGACGCUAUCUCGCACGUGCUUUCACACCAUAACUCGACUUCGUCUGCUUGCGCCGUUCAAUCCUGCGCCGCCACCUUGUACAGCCUCGUCGUCGUCGAUAACUACAGGCCUAUUGUUGGUUCCAAGCGUGACAUUGUGUAUGCUCUCGUGGAUAUCAUCAAAACCCCCAAAUCGACGACCCGAUCGAUCAAGGACGCUCUCAAGGCUCUGUUCGGAAUCGCGCUUCAUCCGCUUAAUCGGUGCACGAUGAUCCAACUCGGUGCGGUUGAAGCUCUGUUCUCGUUGGUUGCGAAGGACCGGAAGGUCGGGAUUGUGGAGGAUGCCACGGCGGUGAUAGCGCAAAUCGCGGGCUGCGAAGAGAGUGUGGAAGCGUUUCGGAAGGUGUCAGGAAUCGGAGUGCUGGCUGAUCUUCUGGAUAUGGGGAAUAAGGCGAGCAUGAAGACGAAGGAGAAUGCUGUUUCGGGAUUACUGAAGCUAGUGAGAUGUGGAGGGGCGAAAGUAGCCAUGGAUGUGAGAUUGAGAGCUUUAGGGGCAUUUGAUGGAAUUGCGGACGUGCAAGAGAAUGGCAGCUCCAAAGGGAAGGGCAAGGCGGCGGCGUUAUCAGCGGAAUUGCUCGGAGAUGAAAUCCAUUUGAGUACACAGAGGGAUUCGCGGUUUGAUUCCUCAACCAGUCAAGAUUCAUCAUUUUCAUUCAAUUUUUCAACAGAUUCAUCAGAAUCUGGUGUGUAGGACCUUAUUAUCUCCCACCUACUAUGAUUGAUUAUUCUUUCUUACACUCUUUCUCUUAAUUUUUGUCCUAUGAAAUUAGUUUUGAUAGAUCAGAUACUGUACAAACUAGGAUAAGGUACUGAUUCGUUGUGGUCUAGUUAGGCUCUACUGAUCAAGUUAUUAACCAUACCAUGUUGUCUUGUAAAUGUAAUUAUGUAACAAAAGAGGAGAUAUUCAUAAUUUUUUAUAUUAUAAAUUACUCUGUUUGCUCUGUUA